AUAAUUGUAUAUAUAUUUCAAGUACUAACACACAACUGCAAAUUUGCAACAUUUUUAGAAUCGUAGAAGCAGUUCAUAUAAUGACGUGGAAAAUGUCUUAACGGAAUCCCAAGCAUUGGUCAUGAGUGCAUCUCAACAUCGUCAGCAACAAUUGAUAAAUCAACAUAUGCUUGAAUCUCAAACUUCUGUAAGCAGUGCGACAUCUAUACAAACAGUACUACAUCAAUCCUUUAUGAGUGCUACUGGUUCGUCGCCUAGUAAAAGUCUUCACAGUGCUUGUAAUAAUAUAUCAUCGUUGCAACAAGUAUCGGUGAUAAGCAAUACUUCGAGUAGUUCAACAAGCUCAUCACAAACAAAUGCAAAUCCUCAGAGUAUACCGUAUGCUACAGAGGCUUUGUCAACAAUACGAAAUCCUACUGAGAACAUAAAUUCAUUAUUAGAACAUAUAAGUCCAUCGGCACAGGCAGCAGUUAUGAGUGGUGAUGGCGUUUUAAAUAUUGGCGAUGUCGCAGAUUUAUUACAUCCACAACAUGCUAUUAUAACAGGUGGCCGUUCACAGGAAGGAUGCCCACUUAUCAUAUUUCCUGAUAAUAAUAAUUUUCUGUCAUUGGAAGAUGCGGAUUAUCAAAAACUUAUUCUAUAUCUUACGUCAGUGCCAUCACUGCAAGAUGCUGAUCUCGGAUUUCAUUUAAUAAUUGACCGACGUAAAGAUAAAUGGACAUCAGUUAAAACGGCACUUCAACGUAUUUCUAUCUACUUUCCUGGAAUUAUACAUGUCGUAUACGUUUUACGCCCUUCUGGUUUAUUCCAAAAAGCAAUAUCUGAAGUUAGUACAAAAUUUUCCAAAGAUGAAUAUCGUUUUCGUUUGGUUAUAUGCUCCGCACUUAACGAUUUACAUGAAUAUAUUGAUAAAUCACAAUUAACUGUGGAUAUGGGUGGAACACUAAUUUACUCACAUCAUGAAUGGAUACAACAGCGAAUAUCCCUGGAAAAAUUUUCGAGUUUAACCCAUCAAGUUUCCUCAGAAUUGGAUAUUUUCAUACAAGCCAUACAUGAUACAGAAUUUCCAAACUCAGUUGAAGCUACACAAAAACUGCUGGAUGAUCAGGGUGCAGAUUAUGAUCGUUUAAAGGAGGAAAUUCUUGCUGCUGCUAAACACGGUGAAACGCUACUUAAUAACAUUAAAUCAAACGAUGAAUUUAAAGAGUUUUCAGAACGUACUGGCAAUGUUAGCUCUAUUGAGCGACUACUCGUACAGUUGGAGGAAACCGAGAGACGUUUCGAUGAAUUCUGGCGUACACAUCGUAAUCGCCUAGAGCAAUGUUUGGCGCUAAGAAAAUUCGAACAAGAUUUCCGAGAAGCACAGUAUAUUUUUAAUGCCCACCUAAAAUGUGUUGCGGAAAUGACUGAAAUUGGUGAGAGCGUAAUACGUGUGGACUCACUUAUACAAGAAACUGAGGAAUUUCAAAAAUUCAUUUUUGCUGAUGUGCAACGCGCUGUGGAUAUAAUAGAGGCUGGACAAAAGCUUAUCGGUUUACGUGGUGUUUAUCCAUGGGAAAUUGUACAACCGAAAUGUGAUGAAUUACAGCGCGUUUGCGAUAUAAUUACGGAACGCUUAACGAAACGUUUAGAAAUACUGUCAAAGAAUCGUGAACUUAUGGAAAGAGUAGAAAAGGCUAAUCAGUGGUGUGCAAAUGGUGUGGAGUUAUUGGCUUCACAAAAAAUUGAAAAAUGUUCAGUUUCUACAGAACUUGCAGAGCAAAGUUUAAAAGAAAUACAAGCUUUUAUAGCUUCAGCAUCUGAAUUUAAAUUAUCUAGUCCAAGUGAAUUCAAGAAAAUAUUUUUAGAAAGUACAACACCCGAAACCAAAGCUUUAGUAUCUCAGAAGUACGAUUUACUAAAACGUCAUAAAUUGUGCUCAAACUGCAUGAAACCUGGUCAUAUGCCGUUACAAUGUUCCAGGGGAUGCACCAUAUGCCAAAGAAGACAUAAAACACUGUUGCAUCAAAAUAGACAACUAGUUCAAUCCUCAAAACAGAAGAUCAGUUUCGUUCUUUUGGGAACAGCAAAACUUUUAGCAUCUAACUCUAAUGGAAGAACAGUCGAGCGCAGAGCAGUACUGAAUUCAGGUUCACAAAUUAAUAUUGUGACUGAACGACUGGCAUUCAGAUUGGGUCUGCAAGUAAGCUCCAGUUCAAUUUGCAUCGAAGGCGUAGAAAUCGGAAAAUUGAAUUCUAAAAGUCGUACAAUAGUUUCUGUACAAUCAAAAGUGACCAAUUACAAAACAAUACUUGAAGCAUUUGUUUUACCCAAAAUUCUAUACAAUCAACCAUCGCAGCAUUUACAAAUUUCAGAUUGGUAUCUGCCCAGUAACAUCCAAUUAGCAGAUCCUACAUUCUAUAAGUCUGACAAAGUUGAUAUGUUGCUUGGAGUAGAAUUUUACCAUCAACUUCUAAGUCCUGGUCAAACACAACUUUCAAGGGAACUACCAAUUCUACAGAACACUAUGCUUGGCUGGAUCGUAUCUGUAAAAAUUCAAAAUGCUAACGCAAUAAUUGCAACAUGUGGGAUAGCAUCAGAAGAUAGUUUACAAAAUGCAAUAGAACAACUUUGGAAGGUUGAAGAAGUUGAUACUCACUCAAAAGUCUUCUCAAUAGCAGAGCAACAAUGUGAAGCUCAAUUCACUCAAACUACAUAUCAGAAUGUUACGGGACGGUUCAUCGAUAGUCACCUCAAACGACAAUAUGUAGAUUUCUUAGAUGAAUAUAAAAAAUUGGGACACAUGACCGAAAUAGACAUUGAAAGGAUUAUGUCAUCGUAUUAUUUUAUCCCACACCAUUGUGUUCUUAAGCCUGACAGUACCACCACAAAGUUACGUGUGGUAUUUGAUGCAUCAUCCAAAACAACAUCAGGACAAUCUCGCAACGACUUACUACACAUCGGACCAAUUGCUCGAAGUGAACUAUUGUCUAUUCUGUUACGAUUUCAACUUCCUCGAUUUGUGUUUACUACAGACAUUGAAAAGAUGUAUCGACAAAUACUUGUACAUCCAGAAGACAGCCAAUGUCAGCUUAUCGUUUGGAGAAAUCAUCUAGCAACCAAAUAUUUGCAAGCUUUAGCUGAUGACAAUGUGCAAAAUUAUCCAUUAGGUGCAUCUGCUCUCAAAGAAGACUUCUAUGUAGAUGAUUGUUUACACGAGGCAGAUAGUUUGAAAACAUUGUUGGAAACCCAGAGUCAGUUAAACAAAAUACUGACAGCAAGCGGUUUUAAAUUGCGAAAAUGGUGCGCAAAUCAUCCUAGUUUACUACAAUGA